UUCUCUUCCAACUUCGGAAUUCUUUGAGCUCUGCUGUUCCCCGACCAAGUGACAGAAUGGAGUACCUUAUUAGAAACGUCACAGACUCCUUUGGAGUUCACAUAGAGGCCAGCUCCCCGGUUUUGCGCUUCGCAGCCACCCUUCUCAUUUUCGCUGGCAUUGUUUCGGUUACGAAGCCGUUGCUAAGCCUGGCGAGGGUACUCGUCAGUCUGUUCAUACUUCCAGGUCAGUCUCUCACCAACUUCGGUCCCCGAGGGUCCUGGGCCCUCAUCACCGGCGCCUCAGACGGCAUCGGCAAGGAAUUCGCCCUCGCCCUCGCAGCAAAAGGUUACAACCUCAUCCUCGUCUCCCGCACCGAAUCCAAACUCACCACUCUCGCAUCCGACAUCUCGUCCAAGUAUGGCCCCAAAAUCUCCACGAAGACACUCGCUAUGGACUUUGCCCAGAACAAGGACUCGGACUAUGCUCGACUGAGGGAUCUCAUCAAGGGACUUGAUAUCAGCAUUCUGGUCAACAAUGUCGGACUGAGCCACUCCAUCCCCGUACCGUUCGUCGAAACCCCCGAGGACGAAAUGCGAGAUAUCAUCAUGAUCAACUGCAUGGCCACCCUCCGCGUCACCCAAAUCGUCACCCCCGGCAUGAUCUCCCGCAAGCGCGGCCUCAUCCUCACCAUGGCCUCCUUCGGCGGUGCUUUCCCCACCCCUCUCCUGGCGACCUACUCCGGCUCCAAAGCCUUCCUUCAGCAAUGGUCUACGGCUCUGGGCUCAGAACUGGAACCCCACGGUGUGCGCGUCCAGUGCAUCCAAUCCCACCUCAUCACAACCGCCAUGUCCAAGAUCAGGAAAUCCUCGCUACUGGUGCCAAAUCCGAAGCAGUUCGUUCGUGCUGUGUUGGGCAAGAUUGGCCGCAGCGGUGGCGCUCAGGGUAUUGCGUUUACGAGCACGCCUUACUGGAGCCAUGGCUUGAUGCAUUGGUUCUUGUCGACGUUUGUGGGUGAGAGGAGCGAGUUGCUGGUAAAGAUGAAUAGGGGCAUGCAUGAGGAUAUUCGGCGAAGGGCGCUCAGGAAGGCGGCGAGGGAGGCUAAGAAGCAGUGAGGGGGCGAGGGGAAAAGAGGGGACGAGGUGUACGAGUAAGGAUGGAUAUUCGAGUUAGGGUUAGGUUUAGGGUUUAUCUCGUACUUUGGCGGAAGUAUGUUAGACAUCGAUAAUGUGUGCAAGACAGUCGAGAGUGUGAACUAGGGGCCUGAGCCGCAGGAAAGCUAGCUCGCAUUUAAUGAAACACUAAAUGAAC